GCAGGUUUUUGAACUAAUGACGACCAAGUGUGAAAAAGUGGCGGCGAUCAGUAAAGAAAAAAAUACUUUUUUAAUAAAAACAAAUAAAAAUUUUAAAAUAUAAGUGGAAAAAAGUGAAAAAUAAGCAAAUAAAUUAAUACGUUUUUGUUGAAACAUUUUAUAAUUUCAAAAAUACCGAGUAGAAUUUGUGUUGAAAAAUUGCAAAACCAAAAUUUUGUGUUUCUUGGUAAAAGGAAUACUUUACCUUUUCUGAUAGAAAAAACGAGAAUCAAAGAAGAGAAGAAACAAAAAAAAAAGAGGAAUAAAGCCAAAAUUUAUAAAACUUAAAAAUCAAAUAUCUAUAUAUAAAUUAAAUUUCUGUAGUGGAGGCCUAAAAAAUGCAACACUGCAAAAUUUGUAUUGCUGUUAUUUGUUGGAGCAUAGUCAGAAAAGGGAGAAAGAGUGAAAGAAAAAUACGAAAACAUAGAAAAGUGUGGUUAAGUUAAACGCAAAAGAGAAAUAUAUUUUUCAAUAAAAUAAUAAUAAAUAAAUAAAAUAUUAACUAAAUGAAUUAUUCAAAAGACGCUUAUCAUCAGGCGGUUAUUAUGAAAGGUAACCUGUAUAAAAUGUCUCGUAACAAGGACAAAUAUGAAAGCGGCAAUCGUAGACAACAGAUUUUUAUGUCUCCCGAAGACGUGGCAGCUGGCAAAAAAUCUAACUGGACUGGUAUUGAGAUAACAGGCUGCGUCCGCAAUAUUAGUCCUUCAUUAUGGGAAUUUGAACAUUUAACAGCUUUAUAUUUAAAUGAUAAUCAUUUGUUACGUUUACCAGCUGAUAUUGGACUAUUGGUUAAUCUUCGUACAUUAGAUGUAUCCAGUAAUAAAUUACGUAGUUUACCUGCUGAAUUGGGUGAAUUGAUACAAUUAAGAGAACUUUUGUUAAAUAAUAAUUUUCUUCGUGUUUUACCCUAUGAAAUUGGCAAAUUAUUUCAUUUGCAUGUUUUGGGUUUAAUGGGUAAUCCGCUACAAAAGGAAUUUCUAUCCAUAUAUAAUGAACCCAAUGGUACACAAAAAUUAUUAACAUAUAUGUUGGAUAAUUUGUCAAUUUCUGUAACACCACCACCUCAGCGGCCAUGGAUACCUUUGGCAAAGCCUAACAAAACCAGACCAGCCUGCAUUUUUACCGUCAUGUGUUACAAUGUUCUAUGUGAUAAAUAUGCCACCCGUCAAAUGUAUGGCUAUUGUCCGUCAUGGGCUCUUAGCUGGGAAUACAGGAAAAAAGCCAUACUCGAUGAGAUACGUCAUUAUUCGGCUGAUAUAAUAAGUUUACAGGAAAUUGAAACGGAACAGUUUUACAAUUUCUUUUUACCCGAAUUAAAGAAUGAUGGUUAUGAGGGCAUAUUCUCACCCAAGUCAAGAGCCAAAACAAUGUCUGAGAUGGAACGUAAAUAUGUGGAUGGUUGCGCUAUUUUCUUUAGAGCCUCAAAAUUCUCUCUUAUCAAAGAGCACUUAAUUGAAUUCAAUCAAUUAGCUAUGGCCAACGCUGAGGGUUCAGACAACAUGUUGAAUCGUGUUAUGCCCAAGGACAACAUUGGUUUAGCCGCUUUACUUAAGGUCAAAGAAACUGCCUGGGAUCCUAUUACCGAAGUUACCCAGAUAUCUCAAGCUCUCUUAGUGUGCACUGCUCACAUUCAUUGGGAUCCGGAAUUUUGUGAUGUCAAACUUAUACAGACCAUGAUGUUAAGCAAUGAAUUAAAAUCCAUUAUAGACGAGGCUAGUCACAGUUUUAGGCCUGGCCAUAAGAAUGACUCAAAUAGUGUACAACUAUUGCUGUGUGGUGAUUUUAAUUCUUUGCCUGAUUCUGGUGUUAUUGAGUUUUUGAGCAAAGGACGCGUUCACAUGGAUCAUUGUGACUUCAAGGACAUGGGCUAUAAGGCUUGUCUACAACGUUUACUCUCAAAUGACACCAGUGAGUUUACGCAUUCCUUUAAGCUGGCCUCCGCCUACAGUGAAGACAUAAUGCCGCAUACUAACUAUACGUUCGACUUUAAGGGCAUUAUCGAUUAUAUAUUCUAUACCAAAACAGGCAUGGUACCGUUAGGACUUUUGGGCCCUAUCUCCAACGAAUGGUUGCGAGAAAACAAAGUUGUGGGUUGUCCUCACCCACAUAUACCCUCCGAUCAUUUUCCAUUGCUGGUGGAAUUAGAACUUAUGCAUACGGCUAGCCAACAAGCCCCACCAAAUGGCCUCAUUAGUAGACGGUAGCAAUAAAACGUCCGUACAAAGACAACGUCAUCCCAAAGAAACCUCUUAAUAUCUCUACUAUUACAACUACUGCUGCUGCUGCUACUACUACUACUACAACUGUGUUUAGAGUUAAGAAGAAGGAGGAGAAGAAGAAGGAGUAGGAGAAGAGGUUUUCAUAUAAUUUAUUAUGCUGCCGUUGUCAAAAUACAAAAUAAAACUAAUGUCUUAGUUGUCGUCGUCGCCGUCAUAGUUGUCAUCAUCGCCGCCACAUCGGUAGUAUCUGUCGUCGUCGUUGUCUUCAUCAUACAAACAGCAACAACAAAAACAAAUACAACCACCAACACAAGGACCACAAGAACAAUCUUCAACAAACUGAUGUCAUGAUCAUGAAUGAAUUAUUUAUUUCUUAAGUUUUACAACAAAUUCAACACAACUACAAAAACAACUAAUAAGUAGAAAUUAUUUCUCUUUUUUUUUAAUUUAAAUGCUUCAUACUUCAUCUAGCUAUACAAAAAAAAACUCUUUUUAAUUAAAUACUAUUAAAUUAGUUUCUGAUUUUUUAGCUUCUGUUUCUUUAAUUUUCUUACAUAAUAAUACCGCUAUAUGUCUCUGUAUGUCUUUUACUUUCAAAAUUUGAACUAAAUUGUAUAAAAUUAUUUACUCCCUUGAGAAAAGAUGAGUUUGAGAUUUGUAUGUAUGUUUGUAGUUCAAAUACAGAAAUUUUUUUUAGUAACAUUAGUUAAAUUUAUAGCAAAUUCGAAGUUGAUUUUCGAAUUUUUCGUUUCUUUUUUGUUCAAUUUUACAAAAUGUAAGAAAGAAACAUAUUUGUAUAAUUUACGUACAAGAUCUUGUAGUUUAACAUCCAAAAUGAUUAUUUCAGAUUUAAAGUUCAAGCUAACAAAGUUGAGUUGUUUAAUAUUUUUAUUAAAACAAGUUUUUCUUAGCAAAUUAAUGUUACAGAUUUUAUUUUCAUUUAUACUUAAUAUUUUUUUUACUUAUUUUAAUUUUUAAUAAACACUCACUUUUAAGUUUAAAUUUUCCCCUCUCUCUCUUAAACUCAUCUUUUUUAUGUACUGCAAUAUUACUAAAAUAUUUUUCUUAAUCAAUAUCUUCUUUUCACAACUAUUACAAUAACUAUUUUACUCUAAUUAUAAUUGAUUAGAUUUCGCCGGUAUACAUAUGCAUAAAUAUAAAGCAAUAUAAACUAUCUUUUCGACAAGCGUUAAUAAAACAACGUUAAAUACCAAUACCAAAUUAAUUGAAAAUCAAGUUAACUUCCCAUUAAAACAAAGUAAAAAAAGAACAACUUAACCUGACACGCACACGUUUUAUUAUUAUAUUUUUUUAUUUUUAAACGGAAUAUUUGAUUUUCCAAAAGUUUUUUUUUUUUUAACAGAUACUCCUUAACAAUUGCUUGGCUUAUCUUACAAAUAUUUUUUUUAUUAUAAAUUUUCUUCUUUAAUUUUAAAAUAUUUUCUUCUAAAAGAAAGUUAAAAAGAUUAUUGUAAUAUUAAGUUUUAAAAUAGUAAUCAUACAUGCACCCACAUUUAUAUUAAUUUACAUAAUUUUUUUUUAAUUUUAAAAAGUGUAAUUAAUAAUAAUUUGUUUAAAAUAGUUUGCUUUUUUUUAAAGAAACACUAAAGACAUUAUUUUGUAUACAAUCUACAACAAACUCUAUCCCUUUCUCUUUGUUUCCCAAAACCUUUUCCUCUUCCCCUUUUUCCCAUUUUCAUACAAUAUUGUUUCUUAAUAUUUUAUUAGGUUUUAAGUAAUAAAUAAUUUAUACAUUGUAAAAUAUGCACUUUAAACAAAAACUUAACAAAUUUAUAGAAAAUAUAUCAUAAGAUCUAUAAAGAAUCAAUCACAACAACAACAAAAAAUAAAAGAAACGUCUCUUAACAUUAAUAAUUAAAUACAAAAAACUCAAACAAAAAACCAGCAUUAAAAAAUUUUAAAUAUUUUGUUUUAUUCAUUUUUUUCUUGUAACUACAGACUUUUUAAAAAGUUUUCUUUUAAGGAUAUAAUUUUGGUUGUUUUCCUCUUCUAGCAUAUUAAAAAUAAAGUAAAAAACAAAAUCAUAUUAAAAAUUUUAGCGUAUUUUUAUAUAGUAUUACAAAAAAAAAAACGUUAAAUAUGAAAAAGUUUAAUAAAAUAAAAAGAAAUUCGAUUAAUAUAAACAAAAAUAAAUGAUCAAAUUUAAAACAAAAAAAGUAAUAACAAUUAAAAGAAAAAUACAACAUUAAGGCCUAUUAUUACAACAUGGCAAUAACUAAAGUUAGAAUAUUAUAAUGCAGAUAGGUCUUUUUCUAUUUAUUUUAAUUGUAUUUUAGUUAAUGGAUAUCGUUAAAGGAUAAGAAAAUCUUUCUCCCAGCUUAUCUUUCAAUAUAAAUAUAAUAACUAGAAACAAGUUAUCGGCAUUAUAAAAUCCUACCUUUAGUUAUUGGCAAGUUGUUAUAAUGGUUUUAAAUAUAUAAUUCUAUAUUGGCAAUGUUAAUCGUAAUUAUUAAUUCAUAACAAAGAAAGUGCUGGUCUGACUAUUUUGUUAAACAAGCGAUACAAACAAGUCUACAAAA